GACAGUCCGACAGCACCCUGGGAGAUCGCGCGCGGGCCGUGAACACCUACCGUGAGAUGUGCGUGUCCCUCGGGUUGGCAGAUGAGACCACCAGCGGCGCGGCCCCAGAAGUGCUCUCGGCAAGACGUGUGGAGGAUUCCGGGCUGUGGCUACAAUACAUGGACUUUAAGAGAUCCAUUCAAAAGAAGCUGAUUGAGUCGGGCCAGGAACGCUGCGAACUGCCGCAGGAGGUUGGAGGGGGUUUGGGACAUGCCUCCCUGUGGGCGGAGCUCGACGCGGAGCGCCUGGAAGCCCGCGACCUUUCCGCAUCCGUCAACGAGCUGCUGCUUUGGCAUGGAACAUCCCGCGAGGCCGCAGAGUCAAUCGCGGAGCAAGGUUUCGCAGUUUCCGAGAAGAGCACUCAUGGACGCCGGUACGGCCCAGGCAUCUACCUUGCUGAGGAGCUAUCCAAAAGCAUCAGCUAUUGCCCCGAAAAGGCAGGCUCGAAGUACGUUCUCCUCUGCCGAGCGGUGUGUGGCGAGACCUACUACACCGAAAAAGGUUGGCACGACGAGGCUGGAAAAGAAGCCGCGACAAACGGAAAGCACUCGGUGCUCGCAAAUCCUGGCAAGCAGGGCCCGCGCGAGUACAUCCUCCUGGAGUCUGCACAGGUCUACCCAGAGUACAUUGUGGAGUUUUCUGAGGAGCCCGCGCAUCCUGACACCCGAGCCAAGCAGACACGGGUUUAUUCUUUAAAUCUCUGA